CCCGACCAACGGAUCCUCCGGCCACAACCCUUACCCUACACGUGUUCUGUACAUAUACUUAUAUACAAUAUGUACAUGUACAUGUGCCUCCUCCCACAGGUCAUCCUCUGCCCUUGCACCUGCCACUCUCUCUUCCAUUGGCAGCCCAAGGGGUCAUCAGGCUGCUCGUCAUGCACAUACCAUGCGCCUCAAACACGAACCACUUGCGUCGCAAAAACAAAUCACCAAGCCGGCAUUCACUCGUCUGGUGUACACCGACAUUUGUAUUCAUGGCACCAACCCUACAGGUACUACUCUACUUACUGCAAACCUGCCUGCCCGUCAACCGUCCAAGCCCUGGCGCCAAGGGCGGAACUCUUGGACGCCCUUCGUCUUUGCAAAAUAUUUCCAUGCCCCCCACUGCCUGCGUGCCUGUGCUUGCCGUCCAUGGUCGCGCCGUUGAAGCCUUUAAAGUUUGGUACCUAG